UUAAGUAAAUGGUGUUUUCGUCAUUUCCAUGAACAGCAGGGGCAUUCCAGAAAUAACUCACUCUAUAAAUAAUUUUAAAUCUUCUUUCUAUUACUCGCAUCUCUCAUUCCCCAUCAAAUUUUCCCUUCUCUCCCACUCGAACUUCCCUUAAUAACUGUAUUUCCUCCACUCAUCGUCGUGACUGACUGCGCCGCCGUUCGGACAACCGGCCGUGAACUAGAUCCGGCAAUCACACUUCCGCCAUCUGGAUCCGAUUUAAUUUUCUAUCGUUUCUCCUUCUCUCAAUCUAUCGUUUUGCAGUUAAUUUUUCCACGAAUUUUUAUUAUUUCUGUUUUUAUUUUUAAUAUUUUUAUUUUCUAGCCAGCGAUGGCGAGUCAUUUUUCUAAUCCAUUUUAACGCGUAUUGGACGCUACCCUCUCAUUUCUCUCGAUAAAGAUGUGUUGACGUUUUUGCCCCUCAAAAAUAUUAGUAUUGCAAUCGGACUUCGGGGGUGCUGACGUGGCGUGGUAUUGGGCUACUACAAUGAGUCAUCAUGCUCGUAGGAUGUUGCCACCUGGUCUAUCAAAAAAGCGAAGGGAGAGGGAAUCUUUUAGUUUUCCUAUUAAGCCCUCGGCUGCAGUCCCGGCUCCACCUGCAGGUUCAAAAGCCGUUGUCGAGCCGAUGUGCUCAAAUCGGCUACUAGCUGGGUACAUGGCGUAUGAGUUUCUGACAAAAGGGACUCUGUUUGGGAAGAAGUUUGUAGUCCCCCCUCGACGCGAGGCUGUAGCCGUACCAGUGAGGAUCGGCGGUUCAGCUGAAUUGAAGCGGGUUAAGAGGGAAGCCGAGCUGGGAGGAGGAAAGAAAGAGAAGGAGAAGGAGGAAGAGAGGAGAUAUGAUGAGGUGGCAAGUAUAAUGAAGUCAGAUGGGGUCCACAUACCUGGAAUUGUUAAUCCUACACAACUUGCGCGAUGGACUCAGGCGUCGUGAGGGGAUUCAAUGAGGCCGGGGGAUCAUUUGUGUAGUAAUUGAUCCAUUUGAAACAGAGAUUUGAUUUCAAGAGUUUGCGAAGAAAAUUUUCAGAGGUACAGUCGGUGAGAGGCAACCGGGGGGACGCGGACGGUGAGACACCAACGCCGCAAAUAAAAUUUCUGUUAAACCUUGCCAUGUGAAGACAGUCCAAGUCUGGCAAAUCGGUUUUAUGCAAGUGUUUUAUUUUUAUUUUUUACCUGCAUGUUUUGAUAUUUCUCUGCCUAAUU